AGAACUGUUUGCGUUUUAUUCAGUUUGUAACUUAAGUCGGUGAAUCUCAGUCGUUCGAUGUUGAUUUUUAAAACUUUGCUCCUGGCUCUCGCAGCCGAGGAGGUCUUCAGUAUUAAAGGUGGCACCCCCGAUGAAUUCGCGGAAUUCCGCUCCAAUCCAAAGUUACGAACUAAAAAACGACUGAAAAAUUGGGAAGAUAUAUGGAAGGGAGGAGGUGUCGUCUACCAGUGGGACCACUCGACGGGAUGUCCGAAUCCUUCCUCCGACAACUGCAAAAUCGUAAUAGACGCCAUGAGGCGCAUCAUGGAGGAAACUUGUGUUCGAUUCAAAGAACGGAGUGGAGAAACAGACUAUGUGCGUUUUGUGCUGGCAAAAGCUACCCCACUUCCUGCCCCGCGACCCACUUCCUGUUCAUUUGUUCGGCGUACACGCCAGGAGCAAAGACUUGAGAUCCACCAGGAUUAUUGGCAAACCGGAGUGAUCCUGCACGAACUGGGCCAUGUCCUAGGUCUACAGGACGAAGCCCUACGCCCGGACAGAGACGCAUCUAUUUCAGUCGCACAAAAAAAUAUAUACAGUAAAGAAUUACAGAAAAAAUUUGAUAGGAUCGCAACGGGAAAAUUCAAUUUUUUGGGACGGCCUUUUGAUCCAAACUCUAUAAUGAUGUGGCCUAACAAUAUGUUUGGAAAGGGACGCUCAAAAAAGCCAGGUUACGAGGAAACCAUUACAUCCAAAAUGACAAAGGUACGAUUAAAAGACUCCCUUAAUGAAAUACUGAGCGAAAGUGAUGUGGCAAGAAUUCGGGACUUGUACCGGUGUGACGAAGCAAAUCAAAAGCCAAGAUUCCCCGUUGACACUGCCUGUUCAUUUGAUGAUUACACGUGCGGAUUUAAAGGACUAUAUGAUGAUUAUAGCUUUUGGGAUUGGAUUCCAUGGAAAAACAACUACAAUCAAGACAACCGGGGAAUCCUGAAUUGGUACUACAUCGUGGCUAAAAAAGAAUGCAAUGACAGGAUGGAGGAUCGCACAUGGAGUGUCGGUUAUUACGGAUUGAGCCCUCUAGAUACAAAGCGUGGUCCAGAAGGAUGUGUUACUUUCAAAUACAUGCUGAGGAAGAAUUAUAAAGGACUUCACACAAUAAGGUUGAUGAUGAGGAGCCUGCAUUCGCCUCUAGAUGCCUUCAUGUUCACCGAAACGUCCUCGCCCGGGGUGGAAAUAUGGAGUACGGACACCAGAAGACUGGAAGAGUUUCGUAAUAAUCGCUGGAUCCGAGCAUCUGUCCCUGUGAACGUCCAAAGUCCAUUCUUGCUUCAUUUUGAAUCAAUAUUGGAAGACAACGGAGCUGGCAAAUAUUCUGUAAAAAUUGAUGAUCUGGCGGUUCGUUACACGCCGUGUGAAAAAGCGGUAUCUGACAUGCGUUUCGAGUGCUUUUCCAGAAAAUCGCCACAAACGUUAUCUCGGUCAUCUUCUGGAUCAUCAAUGGGAUCUCCAAGAAAUAGAGGCCAAACGUUUGGUGCUACAUCAAAAGUAACGAUUAACAGAAAUAUGAAGACGUAACGUACCUACCCACCCUGCAACGGAUGGGCGUGGUGCAAUCUUGCCGGGAGUAUUCUCAAGCAAUGUUUACUUGGAUUUUUUUAGAUAUAAUAACUUGUGACUAGUUCGUUAGAUAAUUUAAUAAGACAAUCGGCAGCUAUAGAUAUUUACGUCGAAGUCCAGGAAAAUACCUCAAAUUUUACUACAAUAUGUAGAUGCAAUAAUAUAAUUCUGUGUGACUUGUAUCUAGUUAUUUAACAUUUUACACAUUUAAGUAUUAGUCAAUUAGUUAUUAUUGUUGAUAGACAUUUAGCUGCUAAAGUCAUUAAUGUCUUUAUAUGUAGAAUUUCCAAAAGUGUAAGUAAAAUUAUGAUACAUUUAGAUUUUUAAACCGAGUUUUUAAACUGAGAACCUCGAUAUCUCUCGAAAAAAGAAAGAUAUUGAUUAUUGAGGUCCGGUCUGGACAAAAAAUCGUCUAAAGUUGCAUACUUUAAGAUUCUAAAGAUCAAAAUCCCGAAAUCACAUUUCCAAGUGGGCAUAUAUGUGCUGUUUUUCAGUUUUUGCGUCUAGUAAAUUUCUUUUAAACAAAGGAUGCACAAAGAUCUCAAUUUUUUAUUUGAACCAAACCCAGUUUUCUAAAUCGUUCGUCUUUAUCCGUAGCCAACGAGUGGUCCAUUAAGCUGGGGAACCAAACGGUUCCGGAGUUAUGAGCAAUUGAAGUUAUACGCGCGCCGACUGAUUUUCGCGCGUCAAACUAUGGUUCCAAAGCCAGAUUUGGGUGUUAUUAAAACGGAUUGAAUGAUCAAACCUUGCAAAAUAAGUUUGUAGGGAUUUUUUUUUUUUAAUAUCCGGGACAUUCCCCUUCUAUCUUCAUUCAAUAUAUAUUACAAAACAAAUAUACAAAGAAUGGGACGGAAUCUGUCCGUAGACAUAGCUAUCGCCCCGUUAUAGUAACAUUAAUAUCAAGAUUAAUAGUUUAGGUAUUCUAGUAUUAAACUAAUGGCUCUAACAUUUGCGCAUAUAAAAUUAUCUGUAUUUCAACUAGUAAAUCUAAAUUUAAUGUUGUGGAGGUGCCCCAGAACCACCUGCAGGUAUUACAUCGGGAUGAGAAUUAUUAACUUUAUUUACAAUAUUAGUUUUUUCCUCAUAGAAUUUGUUCUUAGUAUCUAAUGUGUGUGUAAUUUUUCUUUUUCCUAAGCAUUACAUCUAAUAUAUUAUUCUUAUCUA